CCUCUCGGGCCUCCUCACCAGGGCGAGCGCGCUGGCUCUCCUGAGCGACCACGGGAGGCCCCCGCGGCGGCGGCAGGAGGAGGAGCGCCGGCCAAGUCCCUCUCCCGCCCCCUGGGUCGCAGUGGGCGCCCCGUCCCGCGGCCAUGGCGGCGGCCUGAAGGCUGGCUCCUGGGGGGUUGAUUCCUAGAGCAGGCAAAGCAAAGCUUCGGGCCUCCUCCUUGCUUGGAUCCCUCCUCUCCGCGACGGCGAUAACAGAUUUCAAGCUCAAGUACCACAGUGUAUCCAUAAUUAUCCCAUGAAGUACAUCCUGGUAACUGGUGGUGUCAUCUCAGGCAUUGGUAAAGGAAUUAUUGCAAGCAGCAUAGGCACCAUCUUGAAAUCAUGCGGUCUACGAGUUACUGCAAUCAAAAUAGAUCCUUACAUUAACAUAGAUGCUGGAACCUUCUCGCCAUAUGAACAUGGUGAAGUUUUUGUGCUAAACGAUGGUGGAGAGGUUGACCUCGACUUGGGAAACUAUGAACGAUUCUUGGAUAUUAACCUUUACAAGGAUAACAACAUCACCACUGGAAAGAUCUAUCAGCAUGUCAUCAAUAAAGAAAGGCAUGGAGAUUACAUGGGAAAAACAGUUCAAGUUGUCCCACAUAUUACUGAUGCUGUUCAAGAAUGGGUAAUGAAUCAGGCAAAGGUUCCUGUGGAUGCUGAUAAGAAAGAACCACAGAUAUGUGUAAUUGAGCUGGGUGGAACUAUUGGAGAUAUUGAAGGAAUGCCUUUUGUAGAAGCUUUCCGACAAUUUCAAUUUAAGGCCAAAAGAGAGAACUUCUGCAAUAUCCAUGUCAGCCUUGUACCACAACCUAAUGCUACUGGAGAACAGAAAACAAAGCCUACUCAGAAUAGUGUCCGGGCUUUAAGAGGACUUGGCCUUUCUCCUGACUUGAUAGUCUGCAGAAGUACUAAACCUAUAGAAAUGGCUGUGAAAGAAAAGAUUUCCAUGUUUUGCCAUGUGGAACCUGAACAGGUAAUAUUCAUCCAUGAUGUUUCUUCCACUUACCGAGUGCCUCUUCUGCUGGAAGAGCAAGGGAUAAUUAAAUAUUUUAAAGAGAGGCUGAAUUUGCCAAUUGAUGACCAGCCAAGUGAUCUUCUAUUCAAAUGGAAGAAAAUGGCAGAUAGGUAUGAAAGGAUGUUGAAGACAUGUUCUGUAGCUCUGGUUGGCAAGUAUACAAAGCUGAGUGAUUGCUAUACCUCUGUUUUCAAGGCCCUAGAACAUUCAGCCCUAGCAAUUAACCACAGACUCAAUUUAAUGUAUAUAGAUUCAACAGACCUUGAAAAUAAUACAGAGGUUGAGAAUCCAGUGAAAUUCCACCAAGCCUGGCAAAAACUAUGCAAAGCAGAUUGUAUAUUAGUUCCUGGAGGUUUUGGACAUAGGGGAACAGAGGGAAAACUUCAAGCCAUUUCAUGGGCAAGAAAAAAGAAAAAGCCUUUUCUUGGGGUUUGCUUGGGGAUGCAGCUGGCAGUAGUGGAGUUUGCAAGAAACUGUCUAAACUGGCAAGAUGCAAAUUCUACAGAAUUUAACCCAAACACAAAGAAUCCUGUUGUCAUUGACAUGCCUGAACACAAUCCUGGAGACAUGGGAGGAACAAUGAGACUAGGGGAAAGGAAAACUAUCUUUAAUACAAAGGACUCUAUCUUAAGGAAACUUUAUGGUGACGAAGUUUUUGUGGAAGAACGACACAGGCAUCGCUAUGAGGUGAACCCUGAGUUGACUCACUUCUUUGAAGAUAAAGGUUUGAGAUUUGUUGGCCAUGAUACUGAAGGGAAAAGGAUGGAGGUCAUUGAGUUGAAUGAUCACCCGUAUUUCAUUGGUGUCCAGUUCCACCCAGAGUUUUCCUCAAGGCCUAUGAAGCCAUCGCCUGCCUACCUUGGCCUUUUGCUUGCUGCAACAGGGUCUCUCAGUGCCUACUUGCAACGUGGAUGUAAAUUGUCUCCUAGAAGAAAUGACAGCUAUGGCGACCUUAGUGACGACAGUUUUCCAGAAAAAGAAUAUCCCGAAUCAGAAAGAGGCUGAUCAUUAUUCCGAAGAGGAAGAGCAUGGAAGAAACAGAAGUGGAAGAAAAGGCAUAAUUGAAAAGAUCAUUCCAAGCAGGGGGAAACCUAUUACAUUUUAAAACCAUCAGAGAAGACUAACAUCACACAGCUGCUUUCCAUAUAUCUUGUGAAGAUCCCCCUGUGUUCCAGACAAUGCUUCUGCUGACCCAGAGAAAAAAAAUCAAUUCCAUUUAAGCAUUAUAGCUCUUUUAAAAUUGCAUAAAGGACUGUCUCACUCUGUCUCAUGUUUUCAGGUAAAUGUUAGCUUUGUGCUAAUUUUUGAUGACUGGAAGGUAUGGGAAUAUUUUGAAUACAUUUCUAAACCAUUUGAAAUUUCAGAAUCCCUUAAUAGCAUUGCUUAUCAAAUUAAAAAAUGAAACUGUCCAAUAUACAUAAAUAUGAUCAGUACAGAUUUGUUUUAGGUCUGUUUCCUUCAUAUUGUUAUUGGAUUGACCGAUGCCUCUGAUGCAUUAUAACCCUGUCUAAUUUCUUAAGUGAUGCUGAUUUAUUUCUAUAUAGAAAUAAAAUAUUGGUCUUCACCAUUGUACACGAUGAUUGUCCUUCAACAGAAGUAAUGUAGAAAGUAUUUGCUGCACAGUACCAACCUAAUAAAUAAUAGAGCAGAAGUUUGUGAUGCUACAGAUACAUAAAAUAUGACUACAUUAAUGAAAAAUAAUUGGGUUCAUCAUACAUUUAACAUAACAGAUUGGGGAGUAAUAGUUAGACACAAGCCCAUAUCUUAGUUUCUAUAUCUGUGGCAUACACAUGUUAGGGAGUUGGUUGUGAACAUGGAUUUAAUCCUAAUUCCUUGUUUUGGUCUCCCAGCAGAGACUAGUUUGUGCCAUGUGAUCUCAUCCGUUUGGGGAUGCUCUAAUUUGUGGAAUAUUCAAACAGCUACUAGGGACACGGGGACAGAGAUAAGUUUCUCUUUGGGCCCCAGAGAGGUUCAAAGACUGGUAACUUCCAGAUACAUUUUUUUUAGGUAGAACCUUUUUCAGCAUGUCUGCUGCAGUAGAGUAGCAGUGUCACUAGUGCAGCAGCAAAGGAUUGCUUUUUGCACUGCUUCUUUUGAGAGCCCUUUUGAGGUGAGUGGAGAUAUGUACAGACACGAGCUAGCUUGAUGGCAUGCCUAUUAUUAUUAUUAUUAUUAUUAUUAUUAUUAUUAUUAUUAUUAUUAGAGGAAGAAAGGGAAUAAGAAGCUGUGUGUUUUAAUAUCCUGUGUCACUACGGGAAAUUGCCCUGUUAUUCAAGUGCUGUGUGUUUUUAAAGCGAUUUUCCUUCCAAAUAAAAUUCUAUACCUUAAGAUGAUAUUUUACCAACUGCAAUAGAAAACCAUUAGUUUCCUAAUGUUCAGGCCAGUGUAACAUGUGAAGAGAAAACUGGGAAAAGUAACUUUGUUCCUGUAUUUUUUUAAUGCAUUGGAAAAUUUUAUGAGAGUUGAUGCUGCUAGAUGACUGAGUCUCAGUUAUCAUACAUUGAUCGUUGCCAUCUAAAGCAUGUUAGAUUUUCUUAAAGAUUUCCUGUAAGUUUAAAUUGAAUUUUGAAUUGCAUUAAAAUGUUAAAUGAAGAUAUGUCUGUUACGUUAUAUUGCAUUCAGUCAAUAGAGCAUGAAACUCUUUAAUUUCAAGGUUGUGGGUUUGAGCCCAAGUCCUUCAUGGGCUAGCUUACCCUCACAUCCCUUCCAACUUUACAAUUCUGUUAUUCUAUUGGCCUAGUGAAUGUGGCUAAAAGUUUCAUUGGAUUUUAAAAAGAAAGUAUAGCUCACAUUUCUGUUCAUGCCCUCUUUCCUUCUGCUGGCUAAUUACGGCAAAUAGCAUUUUCUGACGAUUCAGCUGUGGGCUACAAAAUAAGCAGGGUUAGGGUGCACACUCUUGUCAUGUUUUUAUAAUUCAUACUUCAUACACGAGGACUAAAAACUGACUAUAUAAGACAAAAUGUAGGGGCCUAAACAUACAGAUGGCAUCCAGGUUUAUAUUUUGUUUUCAUUUAACCCAGAUGAGGCAGUGGGCAUUCUGAACCAGUGCUUGGGUUUGCUAAGGAGCUUAUUGAAGCAAAUAAACAGACCCAUUCCAGCCAAAACAAAGUUGCUGUCAUAGAAUGGCACUUCUGUCCAUUUGGGGGUUUGUUCAGUCUGCAUUGGAAAGAGUUGUACUCCCCCUAAAGGGAAGGCUUGUUAUUUGCAGGUGCUUUUAGAUCCAGCAGUAUCACUUGAAGCUCAGGUGGCGGCAGUAGCAAGGAGUGCCUUUUAGCAGCUUCACCUGAUCCAUCAGCUAUGACCCUACCUGGACAGAUAGUCUCGUGGCAGUUACCUGUACUCUGUUAAUCUCCCAGUUGGAUUACUACAAUGUAUUAGAUGUAAGCCUGCUUUGAAAACAGAUAACCUAAACAGGGUAGCCAGCUUAAAUGAUUAUUUACCAGUCCUUUGGGAUCAACUGUUUUCAAAGCAGGCUUACAUCUAAUCAUGUUACAACAGGGGCUCAUAAUCUGCUCUAGUUUCCUGUCCAUUUCUGGGCCCAGUUCAAUAUGUUGGUUUUGACCUUUUGAAGACCUAAACAGCAUGGGGCCAGGUUACCUGAAGGGUUGCUUUCCCCAUAUAUAAUGACCCAGACCCUGAGAUCUUUCUUGGAGGCUCUUCUCCCCCCCCCCCCCCAACCUAGUGAAGUAUGGUGGGUGGCUACUAAGGAGAUGACCUUUUCGGUGGUGGCACCUCUAUUCCCAGAAACUCACCUAUUUUAGGUGGUAUGCUUUAUGGCAAUUUUAAUUGGGUUUCUGUUUUUAAUUGUAAAUUGUAUUUUUCUUUUAAUGUCUGUGUAAACUACCCAAAGAAUUUGCUUGGAUGUGCUGUACAAAAACAUAAUAAAUACAUUAAAUAAAAAUAAAUAUUUUUGGACCUACCAUAA